AGCCAUGGAAAGCUUUUGCUCUAUAGGAGGGGAGGGUGAAGCAAGUCUGAAAUAUUCAAAAUAUUUACAAAGUCUACCACAGCUGUCUAAGACUCAUUUACAUACCCAUUCAAUAGUCAUGUCUUAUUAAACAUGUAAUUUUAAUUUCUGUUUUUUGGCUCCCAUUUCUAUAACAACGGGCUUACAACCAACAUAAAACACAAACGCUUCCCUCUGAGCAGAGUCGAAAAGUUCUAAUUACUUGAUCAUUUUGAGAAAAAGAUUGAAGACCCGAAGAAGAAGCCAUUCGAGUUAGGUGGAAGAAGAAAGAUGAGUCAACAACAUGCUCCUUCGAGUGCUUCGUCUUUAAGUAGUGGACCUACGUUGAUAGGAAUGAUUCGGGCAAGGAAACUUGCCACGAAGAUCAAAAAGAGAGCUCAGUUUCUUGUGGCUGAGAGAAGACGAAUGGAUAACACUGGAAAAGCUGUUACAGUUCAUCGCGACUUCCCGAAAAACACUCGCGUUGAUGACCACCUCGGAAUUGGAAAAUCCUUCCAUAAUUUAAGAAUACAAACUCCAACUCAAUCGAGAUCUCCAAGCGUAGGUUCAAAACAAGGUUAUUCUACGGCGAUUAAUACGAUUCAAGAAGUAAAAAAUACCUACAGAACAGAACCAGUUAAUAGGUUUUCAAGAAAGGAAGUCACAGACGUGAUAGAGGAAGUUCUAAGCGAGCAUCUGGAAGGGCAAACAUACAACUAUGAAUUCUGCAAAGACACGAGUAAAAAACUGUCAGAAGUUAUUAAACAACGAGUGAAAUACAUGGGUUAUAGCCGAUAUAAGUUAAUAUGUGUUGUAUAUAUGGGACAAGUAAAGAACCAAGGUAUGAGAAUCGCUUCACGGUGUUUAUGGAACACGGAGUUUGAUAACGUGGCAGAAGCGUCAUACAGAAACGGUGAACUAUUUGCCGUUGCUACGGUUUUUGGAGCCUUUUAUGAAUAAAUUUAGCUUAAAAUUCCCUAAUUUUUACUGAAUUUUCUACGACUAGAAUACGGUAUUUAAAGAGUAAACUCGUCUGUUCGACAUUUUGAAACACUAAUCAUGAGGUAAAAUACUUUAUAGAUAUGAUGGUGAUAGGGUACCGUGGCUUGGGUCGUUAAUGAAGCUUGACGAUUUGCCAACUUAGCGAGUAGUUGGAUAAUCGCCGAGUGAAUUUUAAAGCCAAGGAACAAGUCUAGCAAAGAUUGAAUACAAAACAUGUUGUUUAAAAGUAAUAGAGAUUACAAAGAGAAUUUGCUGCACGUUGUCACGUAUUUAUUUGUGCAGAAUAAAUAAAUAAAUAAAAUUCUAUCAACUGUAGGUCAUUUAUCUCGAGAAAUAAUAAAGCAGAAUGAAAGGGAGAAAAUUGAAUAAAGAAUUCGUUAUUUUAAGAAAAGGUUGCCAUAUUUCCAAAGGCGAAGACAAAAUAUCUGGUUAGCGUUGUUUUUGUGUUAUAUUUAAUUAUAUUUAAGGUUUUUCUUAUUCAAUACAAAACCCGACUGUUUUGACUCUAAAAAGCAAGAUUCAAACCGGUUGCUUGGUUAGCACUGGUCUAUCGGAAAACAGGUUGGAUAUCACUGAAAGGUGAUAAAUUGUAGACAAUUUUUAUAACUUUUACUCACUAUUAUAAUUAGUUAGAUAAGCUAUAUAUAGUACAGCAAAAUUAAAUCUUAAAAUAUAAUAAAAAACACUUGUAUACUAAAGCAAUUUUGUAGCAAUGCAAAUAUAUAUGACUGAAUUAAAAAUAUUUGGCACUUUGAA